UUAACAUGUACAUGUAGCACUGUACGAGAGUCACUAAAAUGUGGGGAAUCACCCUCGUCAUAGCGAUAUACCACUGUUUUUUUUUUCUUUUGUCUCGGUAUCAUUACAAAAGUUUGAAGCUGUUUUAAAGUGAGAAGGUAACUCAUGGACAGGAUGGUUCAGACACUAGUACUACUGGUGAUUUUGAAUUGUUGGUUGGGUCAAGUGUUUUGCUCUCCAGUGGCUUUGGAAGAAUCCACAGACAUAGAUACUGUGUAUGUACGAGAGAAUGGAACUGUCGCACUCCAGUGGUCACUGUUUAUUGGGGAAAAUGCAGGCAGGUCGUCGGUGAACGUCAUGAUCAAAAAGAGAGAUGCUCUGCUUUGUCAGUGGGUAAAGGCACACGGCGAGGUAAACCAGUGCGACCAAGGAAUGAAAUUAACAAUCAACCCAGAACAAGUGCGUGUACCGGGUCCAACCAACAUUAAUGUCACGUUUUCCUUCGAGAACAAGAAGCACACCGAUAAUGGGAUAUACGACUGUUGUUUUGUGAUUGACGAAAAAUGGCGCGAAAUGCAAAAACUAGAGAAAAAGUUAGAAACAACGGCUGAACCAAAUGUGACUGCGACUUACAACGACUCAUCCAACACUACCAUUACGUGCUUUGUCAGUGGCGGCCGACCAAAACCUGUUGAAACUAUCCUCUUGCUAAAUGGAACCGAAAUAUCACGCUCUGAGUGCACAUACUGCCGCAAUAAUUCGAAGUGCUCUUCAAUCCAUUCCGUAGAAAAGUUAACCGGUAUAUACAAGUGCAGAGUGGAACUUGUCGGAGACGUCGUUGACAGUGCCGAAGUGGACAUCCCAUUUACAACAAAAGAUACCCACAACCAAACAAGUGCUGUGGGAAAUGUCGGCGUGAAUACCGUGCAGACUGUGUGUGUUAUAGCAGUAUUACUAGUUCUUGCAUUUGGACUGAUAAUAAUUGUUGUAUGGAGAUGUCGAAUUUUUUGGAAUCCUGUGAAAACCCCCGCUAACGAUGUUAUCCACCAGGCAGAAGAAACGGAACACUGUGUUGCCCAUUACACAAAGUCCUCUGGUUCAGUGGAGAUUGUCGCCUCUUCCGAAAAUGAAAACGAACCUUGCCUUUCCCAAAACCAGGCCCCGUCUCACAGAAAAUCUGUGGCUAAAAUUUAAUCAAAUCGAGCAGACAAGGUGACAGUUCAAAGGCCAUAAGAAGGAAUUCGCUUUGAGGUGAACGGUGUAAAGCAAAACUGUAAAUAUGAUAACAAUGUGAGGCUUGUGCACACUUCACGCUGUUUUAGGUUAAGCUAACAUUUAAUUUAAUUUAAUUAUAAUAAUUUCU